CGCAGACAAGUAGGCUAAAUUAUCGGCAGACAAGUGCAGUUACAGUUGACAGAGUGGAGAGACGCGUUCCCUUUAAGACCGGUGUACAGCGCUCUCUCCUCGCUCGACCAAGGAGAACCUCUCCUUGUUCCAAAUAAGGAUAUGCUAGCCCAGCCUUAAAGGGGCGGGGGGCGCCAGCGAUACAAACUUGAGGAGGCAGUUUUCUAUUUGGAAGGCAGCGCACCGUCCGGAGGUAACCAGAAUCCAACGGCACCGAGGCGCGAUCAACCCGAGCUUGGAUGAAACGUUAAGGGGAAGGACGCAAACCGGCAGUGGCAGCUAAAGAGAAGCACGGACACUAUUUGGACUCGGGAGAGAGCGAGGUAGCGAGAUCGCAGUCAACGGGGUCGCGUUGGAUAAGCUUAUUCUGUCAGUUGAACAGAUGUUGGGUUAUUUGAGUAGCACGCAGACUGGCCAUGUGAAUAGUAGCCUAUUGCAAAAUUAACCUGGACAGACAACAGAAAGAAGGCGUUGCAGUGGCGUUCGUGUGUUUUAUACACACCGAUAAUAGAGAAGUUCUCAACAUCCGAACAUCUGGAUUUAUGAAGCGAAUACACCUGUCCUGUGUAGGAGCGUGAACGCCGUUUACAUGAAAACCGUUCAGGUGAAAUGGUGAAGGAUCUCAGGAUACAUUUGGAAUCAUUUUUGGACACCCUUGAAAAGGAAACAUACGCUUUUACUCAUUUAUAUAUGCCAUUGAUUUAUAUCCAGAAUUCUGAUUCAAUUGUCUAAAACAGGACUACAUUUAACAAAUAGAAUAGGCUAUAAAUGGUAUCAUUAUUAUUAGUAGGACUGGACUUUGCAAGACAAGGAAUUUACUCAAUCGACUGUCUCGCUCGGUGACUCACUGUGAGAAAUAGACUCGGCAGCUGGAAUCAAUACCCAACUCUACAAAGUGACACAUUUGGAUACCUGCCGGUGCUCUACAGUAGCCUACGUGCAUGUGUGUGUCUUUACCGAGUGGGGAUACACCGACCGGACUACGGUAACGCGAGCUGUCCAAGAGCGGGCGGCCGUCCCCGCGCGCGCGCCUUCAUAAUAAAUGCCCAUCAGCCGGUCGUGCGAGGCUCUCAAGGCUGGGAGGCAAGAUGAAUUCGUGGGUCCUGCUGCUGGCGGCGCUCGCCGCGGGGUGUCUGCGGUUUGGAAGCGCUGAGGGAGAUCCUCUUCCACUAUCGUUAGUAGAGCUGGUGAGAACCAGUCCCAUCUCUUCUAUAGAGGACCUGCAACAGCUGCUGGAGCAAGAGACUGACUCCCAGGAGGUGGAGCCAGAUGAACCAUCGGCCAACGAGAUUCAUUCAAAUGACACGCGUGGAAGAUACAGGAGAAACCUAGUAGAUGCCCAGCCAGCCCAACAGGCGGUGUGUAAGGUCAGGACAGAGGUCAUGGAGGUCACCAGAGCCAUGCUUGAUCGACGCAACGCCAACUUCCUGUUGUGGCCGCCGUGUGUGGAGGUGCAGCGCUGCUCUGGCUGCUGUAACACCAGAAUGCUACAGUGCGUCCCCACGGUUACUCAGACACGAUAUCUACAGGUAACAAGGAUCCAGUACAUUGAUAAGAGACCCCACUACGACAAGGCGGUGAUCUCAGUGGAAGACCACGCCUCCUGCCGCUGCCAGACACACCCCUCGGCCACAGCUGCAGCCAGGUCCACCUCCCUCCCCCCUCCUCUCCCCCGACUCACCCCCAAACCCCCCUCCCUCUCCAAGGAAGACCUCCAUCGCCAUGACAAUAUGAAAGCCAAUCAGAGGUUCCAUGUGGAUGACAGGGGGCAGCUAGAGAGACAGUGGCAGGACAAGUACACCCUGUCACACACACAGACACACCCAAUGGCAGGGGCAGGGACGCAGGUAGGGACACACACACAGACACACCCAAUGGCAGGGGCAGGGACGCAGGUAGGGACACACACACAGACACACCCAAUGGCAGGGGCAGGGACGCAGGUAGGGACACACACAGACACACACACACAGAUGGGUCCCUCUCAUGAGCUCCCUCUAGGGCAUGGCAGUGGGUAUGAGGGGGGGAGAGGGGAGGAGAGAGGGUCACAAACACCCCACCGCACACACACUGACACACAGCCCAACACAGGAGAGAGGCAACACAUUGACAACACAGAGAGGACACAGGAGAUAGGAAGACAGCAACAACUACAACAGUACUACCAACAACAGUAUCUACAACAACAGCGACAAUAUCAACAACAGCAACAUCAACAACAACAGUACCAACCAUACAGCCAAGAGCCAGAGCUCAGGACUCAAUACAAACACAACGCUCCCCAAUCCGACAGCAGCGGACCACCUGACACAAAACAACCGGCCAAUCACAAACCAGAACUGGUCCACAGCAACACAGAACCUACCGAUGAUAAUGACUCAAGCACAGAGGUGGCCAAUAGAGACUCUCUAAAGGAUACAGAGGUCACCAGUCAGGGACAGGCAGUGACAGAAGUGACCAAUCACGGAAAGGAGGACGAUAAAGAGCGACACAGCCAGACAGAGCUGUCCAAUCAGGAACAAAAACACUCAGAGUCGACCAAUCAGGGUGACUCUGCCACAGAGGAGGAGAGCAGGAAGAAACUUCUAGAACUCUUACAGAGAGAACUGGGCCAGAAACAACAGCAUCAUCCUCCUCAUCCUCAUCUUCCUCAUCAAGACCAUCAUCAUCCUCACCAUCGUCAGUCUCGAACACAAACCACCACCACACAAAGACCAGUGCCCCCCACGUUGUCCUCCAGCAGGGCCCCAGGGUUGUCCCCCAGCACCCCGUCCACUCCCCCCAAGCCCCCGCAGGGCCCAUUCAGACCGGCCCUUCCCCGCGGACGCAGGAGGAGGAAACACCGGAGCCGCAUCAGCAAGGCUGCCCUCCGAACCAUGAUCAUGUAGAGAGAGAUGGCAACUGGGUCGACUGUGUUUGCUGGGCCCACCCAGGGUCGUGUUCAUUAGGCACUAAACGGAAGAAAACGGACUGAAACAGGGACAACAUGGAAUAAACCCUAAUUUCUUGUUUUAUAAAACGUUGUGUGCCCUAAUGAAUACUGAGGGAUACUGCUGGUUAUGGAACCUCAAGAUGGACACUGGAGACUGGCCAGCACUUCUGGACUCUACUGCUGGUUAUGGAACCUCAAGAUGGACACUGGAGACUGGCCAGCACUUCUGGACUCUACUGCUGGUUAUGGAACCUCAAGAUGGACACUGGAGACUGGCCAGCACUUCUGGACUCUACUGCUGGUUAUGGAACCUCAAGAUGGACACUGGAGACUGGCCAGCACUUCUGGACUCUACUGCUGGUUAUGGAACCUCAAGAUGGACACUGGAGACUGGCCAGCACUUCUGGACUCUACUGCUGGUUAUGGAACCUCAAGAUGGACACUGGAGACUGGGCAGCACUUCUGGACUCUACUGCUGGCUAUGCUAACAGACAUUACUGCAGGUUGUGUCAAUCUUUGCACCCCAGAAUGUAGCAUCUUUCUAUAAAAAAUCUGCUAGCUUUAUUUAAACCGCGAUAUCAAGACAAUGGACAAUCUCAGACAGAGACUCCUUAGAAAGGAGGUAGUUCUGGAUGUUUAACACUGGAAGGAGAGUGAUGUAACCUUUGAAAAAGGAGCCAAGCAAACUACAUCUCCCACUGCCUACUGAUUGGACAGUUAAGGAGGGUGUUCGGCGGAUAUUAUUAGAUUGCUUGCUGCAACAGCCAUUGAUUGGUUGUUUUAGAUGCCAUGGAACACGCCCCUCUCUACAGCUUGACUAUGAUUGGUUGCUGAGAAUAGAACUGAAAUCUUAUUGCCCAAAAUGGUGCUUGAGGCCAUCUAUUUCUAAGAGACAAUGCAAAGCUUGGAUGUGGAUAUUUUCACUGGAAUGUACUGGGUUGACAAUGGAAGCUGUUCUCAGAUAAACAAUGUUAUCCUACUGGUGUAAUUGGGAUAACUGUCCUGGGAAUAUGACUGGUGUAACUGGGGAUAACUGUCCUGGGAAUAUGACUGGUGUAUCUGGGGAUAACUGUCCUGGGAAUAUGACUGGUGUAACUGGGGAUAACUGUCCUGGAAAUAUGACUGGUGUAACUGGGAUAACUGUCCUGGGAAUAUGACUGGUGUAACUGGGGAUAACUGUCCUGGGAAUAUGACUGGUGUAACUGGGAUAACUGUCCUGGGAAUAUGACUGGUGUAACUGGGGAUAACUGUCCUGGGAAUAUGACUGGUGGAACUGGGAUAAAUGUCCUGGGAAUAUGACUGAUGUAACUGGGGAUAACUGUCCUGGGAAUAUGACUGGUGUAACUGGGAUAACUGUCCUGGGAAUAUGACUGGUGUAACUGGGAUAACUGUCCUGUGAAUAUGACUGGUGGAACUGGGGAUAACUGUCCUGGGAAUAUGACUGAUGGAACUGGGGAUAACUGUCCUGGGAAUAUGACUGGUGGAACUGGGGAUAACUGUCCUGGGAAUAUGACUGGUGGAACUGGGGAUAACUGUCCUGGGAAUAUGACUGGUGUAACUGGGGAUAACUGUCCUGGGAAUAUGACUGGUGUAACUGGGGAUAACUGUCCUGGGAAUAUGACUGGUGGAACUGGGGAUAACUGUCCUGGGAAUAUGACUGGUGGAACUGGGGAUAACUGUCCUGGGAAUAUGACUGGUGUAACUGGGGAUAACUGUCCUGGGAAUAUGACUGGUGGAACUGGCGAUAACAUGAGUAAAGGGGGAUAGAACAUAUGGAUAGUGAAGCACUGAAAGGAGAAGCUCGGUGUAUGGGGAAUACGCCCUUAGACACUGAUCUAGGGUCAGUUUAGCAUUUUCCUUGCUAAUGGUUAAUGUUAGAUUUGGUGGAGGGGAAGCUGAUCUUAGAUCUGGAGCGAGAAGCUCAGGACAUCACACACACACACACAGAGAGACAUAUCAUUUCUACUACUACAGUAUCUUUCAAUGUUCUGUCUACAUCUGGAUCUAACCAAUCCAAACACUGGAGUAGUUACACACUGGAGCGCAGAUAGAACUAGAAAACAUAGAGGGAGAAGUAGAGGGAGCGCAUAGAGAGCAUUUAAAUAGAACAGUUCUAGUUGUCCUAUAUCUAUUACAGAGAAAAGCAGGUAUAGAACUGGAAAACAGAGUGGAAACAUAGGAGUGUUUUGUUGAAGAGAUGUUGAACAGGUCUAGCUCUUCUCUCUUUGAUAGAGAGAAGCAGAAAUAGAACUGUAAAACCUAGAUUGAAGGACAGCAUUUUUGCACUGGGAGAGCAGAGAAAGGAACAUAUGCCAAACGUCACCAUAGUCACCAUACCAGGAGGCCAUAGACUACUCAGAUGACAGACACUCAACACUCAACAUCCAACACUGACUCUUAUACCUUAGAUGUUUCAACUUUUUCAACAUAGCCUGGAAUGUGUGGCGGAAAUAUUUCAAGGGAAUUGUUGCUCAGUAGGUCUUCAACGAAGCCUGGGGCGUUGUGUGUUUCAGCUGUAGGGACGUCUGUUGUCUUUGUCUUGCCAAACACAGAAGCAACAAUGUAGCGUUGUUGACCGACUCAACAUUCAAA